AGGUUAUUUCCUGCGUAAACAAAGACAGCUGUAGUUGUAGUUUCAUUUCAGCUAUGGAUACACGUAUUUCAUGCGUAUUCAUGCUGUUUAGCUAUGGAUUUUGUUCUCGUCUACAAUUAACGAAUGAAUAUGACUUCAAGACUGUAUUUCGUGGUGUUCGAGAUAGAAAUGGAUACAUUAAAGCUCGCAAUGAUGUGAUAUUGGCUGAAUCCAACAUGAGAAUUGGACAUGAUAUUGUGUUAAACAAUGCAGAACAGAAAGUUAAUGACAUACUGAUGAAAUACAAAGAAUUGGAAAUUAAUAAAUCAAGAGCUGUGAACGGAGCACCCUUUCCCCCGAGCAUUAAUUUUCUGGUCAGUAAACCAUUGGUGGAGAAAAGCCAAGUGUUUCAGAUCAUAAAGUUAAUGCCCAAAGGAGCGGCACUUCAUCUUCAUGACUGUUCUAUGGUGGACUUGAACUGGCUGGUCAAGAAUGCCACCUAUCGGGAAAAUUGUUACAUGUGUGUUGAUGUCAAUCACACUGUUUUCUUCAAGUUUUUUGGUGGUACACCACCAAGUAAUCCAGGUUGUCCUUGGAAAUCUGUUAAAAGCGAGCGAGCAAAGGCAAACAGUGUGGACGACUUUGAUCGAAUGCUCUAUAUGAACAUGUCGUUAAUUACACCUGAUCCCAGGAAAGCUUAUCCGACCAUCGAUAUUGUAUGGGUCCGAUUCCUGCAGGCUCUGGACCAGGCUAAUGGACUCAUCAACUACGCGCCGGUGUUUGCCGACUAUUUCUACGAAGCCCUGAAUGAAUUUAAUUUAGACAAUGUUCAGUACCUUGAAUUCAGAGGACUUUUCCCGCAGGUAUAUGAGCUGGAUGGUUCGACCAGAGACAGGGACUGGGUGGUAAAGACUUACCGUGACCUGUUCGUAAAAUUCACAGCUGAACAUGAACACGAGUUUAGUGGAGGAAAGGUUAUCUAUUCCGGAUUAAGGACAGUACCAGAGAUCAACAUUUCAAAUCAGGUUAAAGAGGCCAUACGCUAUCGGCAGCUGUACCCGGAUCACUUUGCCGGCUAUGAUUUGGUUGGACAGGAGGACCCCGGUGUUCCACUCUUUAAAUAUUUAGACGCCCUUCUCUACCCCUCAGAACAAAAUCCACCAGUUGAUCUUCCAUACUUCUUCCAUGCAGGAGAAACAGACUGGGAAGGCACACAGACAGACGAUAACCUGAUAGACGCCGUGCUGCUCAACACAAGUAGAAUCGGACAUGGCUAUGCCAUGGUCAAACAUCCACAGGUUAUGAAAAUGGUGAAAGAACGAAAUAUCGCUGUAGAAGUUAAUCCCAUCUCAAACCAGGUGCUAUUACUUGUAAGUGACCUCAGGAAUCACCCAGCGGCGGAGCUGGUGGCCCAGGAUUUCCCGAUCGUCAUCAGCGCAGACGACCCGGGAGUCUGGGGCACGCGAGGCUUGUCCUAUGAUUUUUACAUGGCAUUCAUGGCACUCGCUGGGGAAACUGCAGACUUACGACUCCUUAAAAAGUUGGCAAUAAAUUCUAUACAAUAUAGUGCUAUGACGCCAGUUGAGAAAAGUAAAGCUUUGAAUUUGUGGCGACAAAAGUGGGAUGCCUUCAUACAACGAAUGUUGCAUCAGGCCAACCAAUCAGAGAGUUUCCCGCCAAAUCUUUUCGGUUAAAUUAUGUUACGGGUGAUGUUUGUAUAUAUAGCCUCUAUAUUGUGAUUUUUUUCAAAGUUUUACAAUGUCAAGUGAUAGAAUAUUUUUAUAGUAUUUGUUGAGAAUGAAUUUAUUGAAUAGUCUCCCUGUGAAUUUAAAAUUAUCAGUAUUAUUGUAUGAGUUGUGUUAUCUAAUCUAUUGGGAUUUUCCCACAAAAUCACAGAGAUAGCACGUGUAGUCUAAAACGGCAAAUGUUGUAGAAUUUUGUAUUCAUCAGUUUUAUAUAUUUUCAAAAUAGAAGUUUUAUUUUUCAGAUGGUAUAAUAAUGACGUAUAAAAAGUAUUUAAGAAUGUUUUUACAAUUCAUCAGUUUAUUCUUAAAGUUUCCUUAUUUUUUUGAAGAUAGUCUUGAAUUGCAUUCCAUUUGUAAAAGUAUAUUUUUUUCAA